AUGGAGGAGAAUGACCACAGUCCUAGGGAAGAAGCACUGGAGCAGCAGGAGUCCAGCAGCAGCAGCAGCAGCAGCAGCGAUGCGGAGCCCAACAGGAGCCGGGCGAUGAUCCUGCCCGUGGUUCUGCAGGCGCCUGGGAAUCACCAGCACCCGCACCGGAUCACGAACUUUUUCAUAGACAACAUCCUGAGGCCGGAGUUCGGGCGGAGGAAGGAAGGGGGGACCUGCAGCAGCGGAGGCAGCAGCGGCAGUAGCCCGGAGCAGCUGCUCUUAGGCGGCCGGGAGAACCGACGGAGUCCCUCUGCGGUGCCGGGAGCUGGGGGGCAGCUCACCGGCGGAGGGGGAGGCUCCGCGGGCGAAGGAGAAGGAGGCUCCAAAGCCCUUGCCCUCAAUGGGGGAGCCAAGAAAGGAGGCGACUCCGGGGCCCUGGAAGGAGCCUUGAAAUCCCGAGGGCUAAGCGGCGGCGAUCUGUCUGUGAGCUCGGACUCUGAUAGCUCCCAAGCCAGCUCCAACACCAGUAACCAGCCCAUGCUCUGGCCAGCCUGGGUUUACUGUACUAGAUACUCGGACAGGCCUUCUUCAGGCCCCCGCUCUCGUAAACCAAAGAAGAAGAAUCCCAACAAAGAAGACAAGCGUCCCAGGACAGCCUUCACCGCGGAGCAGCUGCAGAGACUGAAAGCGGAGUUUCAGACGAACAGAUACUUGACGGAGCAGAGGAGGCAGAGCCUGGCUCAGGAACUCAGCCUCAACGAGUCGCAGAUCAAAAUCUGGUUUCAGAACAAACGAGCCAAAAUCAAGAAAGCCACUGGCAACAAGAACACCCUGGCGGUGCAUCUCAUGGCACAAGGACUGUACAACCACUCCACCACAUCAAAAGACGGCAAGUCAGACAGUGAAUAG